UCGCUCGCCUUUCGAUGUCGGUCACCGUGCAAGCCUUUGGCUGGGGCCUCCUUUCCUCGUGCUCCGUCCUCCUCGGCUGCGCCGUCGGGCUUGUGAGGCUGCCGGGACCCACGACUCGCGCCGUUCUGAUGUCCUUUGGCGGCGGCGCGCUCAUCCAGGCUGUCACGAUCGAGCUCUUUGGAGAGCUGCUGCACGAGCAGGCCAAAGCCCCCGGAGACCCGUCCGACAACAACGGGGUCAAGAUCACCUUUUACGGCAUCGGGAUGGGUAUCGUUGGCGGUCUCAUGUUCGCCAGCCUCAACAAGGUGCUGAACGAGGGUGGCGGCUUCCUCCGGCGCCUCAACACGGCACAGGGCGCCAUGUCCCUCCUCAAGCGAGUCCAGCGGCGCAAGGCAGUCCGCCUCCUCAAGCGGGUGCCCGCCUUCGCCCCGCUCUCCGAGCCGGUGCUGCGCAAGCUCGCCGACAAGAUGGAGAAGGAGCCGUGGCGCAGCGGGCAGCCUCUCCUCCGGCGCGGCGCGGCGCAGGCGGGCCUUUACUUUGUCGCGUCAGGCGCCGCCCUGGUCGAGCUCCCGGCCGACGACACGACCGACGCGGCUCCCACCGACGACGACGGCGGCGGCGGCAAGACCUUCGCCCCCUCCCACGUCACCGCCCGGUCCCCCUCGCCCGUCGCCCUCUCGUCGGCAUCGCGCGUGCAGAUCGCCGACGUGGCUGACCCUCCGGACGCUGUCCCGGCCGCUCGCACGGUCAAGUACGUCGUGCCAAAGGAUGGCAUCUUCGGCGACGCGGUCCUGCUCGGACUGGGUGCGCCUCUCCCGCUGACGGCGAGCGUGCUGACGACCGGCAAGGCGCUGCACUUGCCGCACGAGGACAUCGCACACGCGCUCGGCAUCGCCCCGAGGCCUGCCCUGGCCGACCCGGCCGCCGAGGCGGAGGCUUGGGCGGCGGAGGUUGCCGGGGCGGCGGGGCGCGGGCCGCAGUGCCAUCUGCUCGGCCCGUUCGGUGUGGCAGGCGCCUUCCUGGCGCGCCUCGUCUCGUCUGCACCACGGGACGAGCCGCCCGCCGCCUCGGCCGGCGGCACCGAGAGCGGCACCGGCCCCGGCCUGCGCCGCCCGAGCGCCGUCGACUUGCUCGAGGCGGCAGAGGCGGACGAGCUCGAGGGAGGGGCAGGCAAGGGCGAGGCCUUCGCUGCACUCGGCUGGAGGACGGUCGAGGCGUGGGGCGCGGCGGCGGGCGGGUCGCAGGACGGCGGCUCCAACCUCGGCUCGCGCGCGGCCUCCGGCCUCUUCUCCCUUCCGAGCAAGCUCGGCCUCUCGCGCUCAAACUCGAGGACCAACCUCGCCGACGGAGGCCAGCCGGGCGGCUCGUCCGCCUCGCUGCACAAGCGGCCAACCUCCUUCUUCCUCUCGCGCGCAAACACCUUCCUCUCCUUCAAGCCCAAGCAGCGCGACGCCGUCGCCGUCGCCUCCGUGAUUGCCGAGGGCGGCACGGCAGCCAGCCUCACCGACGAGCUGCGGGCCGAGGUGGACCACGCCGCGCACGGCAAGACUGCCGCCCUCGUCAUCUGGUGCGGCAUGCUGGCGGACGGGAUCCCGGAGUCGCUGGUGAUUGGAAUGCUCGCCAACCUCACUCCGGAGGCGUACCCGUCUCUCGUCGGCUUUGUGGCCGCUGUCGCGCUGGCCAACCUGCCGGAGGCGAUGUCCGCCAGCGGCACACUCAAGGCGUGCGGCAUGCCGACCUGGAAGAUCUGGGCGAUGUGGCUCACCAUGUUCUGCGGCACCGGCGCCGGAGCAAUCGUCGGCUCGGCAGCCUUCGCACCCCCCACCAACGAGGCUGAGGAGCUGGCCGCCGCGUAUGGCUUCGCCACCAUCGUCGGCUUGUGCGGCGGCGCGACAAUCGCCAUGGUGUCGAACACGCUCCUGCCCGAGGCGUGCGAGCUCGGAGGGGACGUGGUCGGGCUAGCGACGCUGAUGGGCUUCAUGGCGGCGAUGGCAGUCAAGUCUGCAGGCAUCGCGAUCGGAGGCGAGGGGUCGCACGAGGGCGCGGCUUGCGCGUACGGCGCAAACUCGAGCGCUGCCCACUGAGUCGACCCACUGAGGUGCCCACUGAGGGGAGGAGUCGAGGGGAGGAGAGGCGCCCAGGCCGCUGCCAGGCAGGCGGGGGCUCACCCUCGGCUUCUUCACCGCGCGACCAUGGGGGCUACUACUCGGUGGCUCGACUCGUGGUUCGGCUUGGGGUCGGCGCUCUUGUAGAGCGACUCUGAAAGGGCGAGGGAGGUGGGAGAGAGCUGAGGCAGAGGGCGGGGCGGAAGGGGGCGUCUGGGAGAGCGUUGCUGCGUGCUUCCCACACUAGCGGGGCAGGGACGCGUGUGAGUCUCGCGAUCGGAGUCUCGAAGACGACCACCCGAGACGUGAGAGGGGGACUGUCGGGAGAUGAGAUAUACGCGCGGAUCAGGAUAGGAUAACCGGACACGGGCGAUGUGACCCCGCUUCGGUACCGCGGGCGGCGCGGCUCACCCCCGCCCGUGCGUCACAGCUCGGUCGGGCAGUGACUCGUUGGUUGCAGGUUGGUUGGCCUCGGCUAGUCAGACAAUAAGUAAGUCAGACACUACGGCUCUCUAGUCUCGACCGCCCGCACGGCCCCUACGUUACCGAUCGAAAAUUAGUUAUUACCC